CUCCGGCCGCCACGGCGCAUGCGCGACGUCCCGGAGGCCUGGUGGGCGGCCUCAGCCUGAGCGCCGGCGCCAUGGGUCUGACCUCCAACUCCGGCCUGCGAGUUGAAUGGAUUGCAGCAGUCUCUCUGGCUGCUGGUACAGCCAUGAUUGGGUACCUAGCUUACAAAAAAUUCCUCUGUAAAGACAAGCACAAGAAAUCCGUGGUAAAUCUGCAUAUCCAGAAAGACAAUCCCAAGGUAGUACAUGCAUUUGACAUGGAAGAUUUGGGAGACAAAGCUGUAUACUGCCGUUGUUGGAGAUCCAAAAAGUUCCCAUUCUGCGAUGGGGCUCACACAAAGCACAAUGAUGAAACUGGGGACAACGUGGGACCGCUGAUCAUCAAGAAAAAAGAAGCUUAACUGGUGGAUGCUCUGGGACCACAAACCAACUUGUCAUAAUGUUCGUUUGAUUAUUGAAUUGAAAUGAACACCACUAUUGUCUAAUUCACUGAGGGUUCUGGGGUUGGUGUAUUGCAAGCUGCAGCAUACAUAUUCAUGACAUUUGCCUUGUUGAAACACCAUGGUGCUGUGUUUGCAUUAAAAAAAAUGCAUGACCCAUGGGUUCGUUUUUGUCACGUAAGGAAUAUCUUAAUCAAUUUAAGUAUGCAUUUAAAAUAAUGACAUAUGGGUGUAUUUGGAUCUAUAUGUUGAAGUUAAUGUAUUAUAUUAUUUUCAGAAUUGUGUAUGCAAAAAUAUAAGCUUCGAGAGAAAUUAUCGGGAAGUCAGAUUCUGUCUUUUUUGUUAUUGUUUAAAUGUAGAGGAAAAACUACCUUUAAUGCCUUGUACUUGUCUUUUUGAGAUUAUCAGUGACACUGCAAAUGAGAAUCUGGUUUCAUGAAAAUAUCUUGUCUCAUGGUAUAUCCCUCUCCCACUACAGAAAAAAAGGAAAUAACCCAUAAGAAUUAUAUUUUUAACCUGAAUUAAACUUCCCUGAGAAGAGCUGAUAAAUGGUUUAAAUGUUGUUAUUUAAUUAUAAUUAUAAGGGUAUUAAAAUGUAGGGUUUUGGUUUAUUUUUUAUUAAAUCUGUCACAUGUUCUUUUUGUUGAAAGAAAAAUAAAUUAUUGAAAUUUGAAUCAAAUGAAAAGUUAAA